AUGCAACGACGACGGUAUAGUGGUAUACCCUACCUUGAAGCUCAAGUAACCAACUGCCGACUUUGUGAUUUUGUCAAAAAUCCAAUGCCCGGUGAACUCUAUAAACUCGUCCCAUUUAAGCUACAUGAUCAUAACAAUAGUGAAUUUGCCCUAGGCGUCCAGCUCAAUAUCUUUGAAUGUGGAGGCGGCUUUGCCAUUGGUCUAUGCACUUCCGGCAAGUUGGAAGGUGGGUUAUCCAUGCUCAUGUUCACAAAAACCUGGGCUGCCAUUGGCCGGGGAGAAAAAGAUGAAGCAAAAAUCGAGCGUCCAGAGUUUGUUUCCGCCGCAGUCUUCCCACCUGCCAAUGAUGUUACUGGCUAUGAUACGCUCGGCAGUAUCACAACAAAUACAGUAAAAAAGAGCUUUGUGUUCAAUACCCCUACUAUAGAGGAUCUCAGAGAAAAAUAUACCGGUUUAGCGGAAGAUGAUCGUGAAAAACGUCCAUCGCGUGUUGAAACUUUUUCCGCUUACAUAUGGAGGCGAUUCACAGAAGCUACCAAGGAUGAUCAUCCUAUUGAUGAGAAUAUGUUUCAUGGGGCAUUCUAUACUGUGAACCUACGUCCCAGGACUGAUCCACCAUUGCCACGCUGUUCAUUUAGAAAUAUUUAUCAAAUUUUCCUUACAACUCCCUUGAUCAGUAGUAGCAGCAGCAGCAGCAGCAGUGGAGUCUAUGAUCAAGAAUCUUGUCAUGACAUUGUAAAGCAGGUACGAGAAGAACUAAGAAAGAUUGAGAAGGACCAGUGUGAAAAGGCUACAACAGGGGAGCACAGGAGUUACCUCAACCGAUUUGUUCAAAGGCUUGCCAGACCAGGAAGGAUGGUUAUGUCUACCUACAGUAGCAUGCUGCAGAUUUCCUCUCUAUGA